GUCACAUGACUUGCAUCACAACACUGCACUACCUACAGAGUUAUCUCUUAUGUUGAACUAUCAGAAUGGCUUUAGAUUUGCAAAGAAUACGUCUUACAGACGACCAUACUUUGGAAACUGCCUCUGAGGUAAUGCAAAUGCUGAAGAUGGAUCAGCGGCUACCAGAUGGAAGAGAAUCGUAUUUACAGUUGUUAGAGGACCUUAACUUCCGCAGUAACCAAGAUGGCGGUGAACAACACACCCAGUUCGUUUUCCAAGGACAGUGCAUGAUACUGGGAGAUGCUAGAGUGGGUAAAACAAGCUUAAAGAAGUCACUAAUAGGACAAGGGUUUGAUGCUGAGGAACCGAGGACAAAAGGUGUAGAAGUUAGCUUAGUCGAUCGGAAAUGGAAAACUUCGGAUCCCACGACUGGUCUCAGCUUUGGAAGCUUUUCUCGGUUUACAGAAUCUGCUCUUCUCGAGUUUGCCAUUUAUUGGCCAGGCGGAGCUGAAUUUGUUAUAACUGAAGACUUGACUUUCAUUUUUUCUGCUGGCAGGUUUUUGUUUACACUUGGAAUAAUUAGCUGGGUUAUCUUAUUUAUGUGGCUACUCUCUUUAGCUGAGAUGUCUGUUACCUUUUGUGGAUUUUCUUUGAGUACAUUUGUAAUAGCAAUUUUACUUCACUUUAUUCGCUUAGAAGACCCAGAAGUUAUCACUUUGUUUUGCAUGAUUUUCACUAUUCGUCGUUUCAUAGUAGGGUUAGGGACUGCAUAUCUGCUGCCAGGGCUUCUUAAAAGCAUAGAAUGUAGCAAUCUCAAAUUCUCGUUAUCAGGAGAUCGACAAUACGCUUCUUGUAUCACCCAGUAUGUCUGGGUGGCCCACUUAUUAAUCUUCGCAGCAAUGUUUGGUUAUAUCUUUCUCAGAGUGUCGCUAAUGAAGAAGAUUAGGUAUUAUUAUAAUUUCGUCAAUUUAUCCGGGGUCGAUUCAACAGUCCCUGGACAAGUGAUAUUUGAAGAUUCGUUACCUAUUUUCCCGCUAAUUGUACUCUUUAUUGUACCUAUCAUAAGCGGUUUUACUUUUGGUUGCAUUAUUGGCUUGUCAACUGAACCUUCUGAGUGCACAUAUUGUAAAAUUAUUCACUAUACAGCGAUUUCACUUUUUUGUUAUUCAAUUUACACGUUUUCAGGAACAUUACUGUCGUGGGUCAAUCGGCAAGGUCAAGUCGCCCUUGUCUUAUUUCUUUACAUAUCAAUGGAGAAAGCAGACUUGAGCUUAUUUUCAUUUUGUUCAUUUUCUAUGUAUGUGGCAAUGUUUGCUGUAUGGGCCUGCCAAACUUUGUAUAAAGAUUGGGAUGACAUGUUCUCUCUCUUAACCAGUAUGGGCAACAUUAGGGAAACAAGAGCUAGUUUUACUCUCAUACUUAUAGAGAAGUGUAUAUUGAAUUUUCGGAAGCUAAAGUUGGCCCUUCAAAAUAAAUUUUGCAGUGUUAAGCUGAAACUCCUGGACUUUGCAGGUGAUGAAGAAUAUUACGCUUAUCAUCAUAUCUUCAUGAGAGAUCAAGCCAUCUAUAUUGUUGUCUUUAAAAUGGCAAACUUUGCAGACAACAAUUUCAGAAACAUUAAAACAAAAAUCCAAAGACUUCGUUUCUGGUUGGAAUCAAUCUGUAGCAAAGCAAAACCCAAAACACCAAUCUUCCUUGUUGGAACACACAGAGGACAUAUGGACAUAAUCCACCUAAAAAAUAUUGACAAACAUCUGCAACAACAACUAAUGCACUCUUUCAGUGAUGAGUUGGUGAUGAAUAAGGAAGACAAGCUUUCGUACUUCCCCACUGAGAACACUCUGGGAAGAAAAGACCGAGGAAUUCAAAACCUUCAGAAAGAAAUAAUGUCCACAGCAGAGGACCUCAGACCAAUUAUGGGAAGGGAAAUUCCAUAUUCGUGGAUAAAAAUUCAAGAUGCAAUAAUCAAUCUAAGUGAGAACAGGAAUGCAAGGUUUUGUGUGCCACUGAGACAGUUUCCAGUUUCAGUUGGGAACUUCAUUUGUACCAACUGGAGUAGGGAAACUUUGAAGUACUUUCACGAGAAAGGACUGGUGAUAUAUAAUCAUGAGAGGCAAGAUUCUGAACUGUCCAGUUGGAUUUUGCUGAGGCCAGCUAUACUGGUAGACAUCAUCAUUCAACUGGUGUCGCCACUUACAGAUGAAGAGGUGUAUUUUCAGCGGGGUUUCAGGCGUGAUUGGAAACUACUCCAUGAUACUGGAAUGCUCACAGAAUCCCUUCUAAAACACAUUCUCUCCAGAUUCCAAGAGAAUGAAGAAGCAAUGAAAGGUUUUUUGGAGGAAUAUGAUUUAAUUUGUCCUCUGUUCUUCAAUGCGACUAACCAGGAGGAAGAAGCACAAGUCACACACUUUGUUCCUUCACUUCUGCCAAUGGCGACCGUGACAACACCAGUCUGGUUUGAUGGUCCUUAUGACAAGACGUUUUACGUGUUCUUCAAUCGAUUUCUACCACAGGCACUCUUCCAGCAUCUUCUGUCACGUGCACACAGAAACAGCAAAGUAGAAUUUGCUCAUUGUGAGCCAGUUAUAUGCCAGGAUGUGGGCAGGUUUUGGUUGUGGCCCAACCAACCAUACAGGCUUUUACAGCUUAAGGAUGAAGACAUGAUUGAAGUCAGAUUCACUUAUAAGAGGUUAGUUUAAUAAUUUUCAUGUUUUCUUUUGACAACAGGCUCGUAGAUUUGUAUACUGCGGGUAAAGCAGAGAAGGUUUUUAUCAUAAGAGAGACUACAGUAGGUUGCAUCACUUGCUCAUUAGUUUGCGCCUAAAUAGGACGCAUUCUGUGAAAUAAUUUCCACACCGAUGGAUGAAAAUUCCUUCAAAAAAGCGUUUGUAGUCGAAGAACCAAAACAUUUUGCUGUUUUGCACGUGGCGCAAACAAAAUUCAAACUAAAGAAUUAUAAAUUCUUCGGAGUCUUUAUUCUUUACGGAGGUAUUAGAGAAUCUAAACAUAAGGUAUCAGAGCAUCCUAGAAGUCUUCAGUUCGAAGGGGUGUAAACGUUAGUUUCGUAACAAAGCGCUUGAGUUUGUAAGCUUUUGCAUGACGCGGAAGUUAAAUGGCAGCCAAAAUAGCUGACAUACAGGUUUAAAAGUAGCCUCCCACGCAGGCGUUUUUAGGGGAGCUCGUUUUUCAUCUCCCCUAAAAACGCCUGCGUGGGAGGCUAGUUUAAAAGAGACUUAUCUUUUGAAAUAAUGCUAUCUUGACAGUCCUUGAUCCACAGUAAGUAUAACGUUAAUGUUUAUGAGUUCCUCGAGUGAUGAAUUAGCAGUUUCGUUGUAAAACUUAAAGAUGUUUUAGUUGGAUUGCGGCCGCUAUAUUUGUGCCGGCCUCAGAGAGGUACCAACACAGCGUGUCAAUACAAAGCACGUAGCUGGGGGCGGGAUCAGAUUGGGUUGGUGCUUUUGAACUGAGGAUCUGCUGCACUAAGCGGCGAAGAGGAAAGGGAAAAUACCGUCUUCCUCAUUUCCUAUGGUUUUGUCACCCACUUUGUCACAAAACAAAUGAGCGGCAUGACCUGUAAGAUGAAAACUAUAACUAUUACCUUGCAAAAAAAUACUCAUGCUAGAAAAUCUUUAAAGAAUUUUUCGCUCACUGAACGUAAGAUUGGUGUUCUCUCUCUUUACACGAUGUAGUUCCCUUGUAGCGGGCGAAGUUAGUUUUAUAUUAAUCAGCUUUAAGGGGUGAAGUAGAGAACCUUAGAUUCGGGUAUUGGAAAACAUCGUAUGCAACAGACUUAUCUCAAGUUAUGAAUAUAUGAAAAUCAUAUAUGUGAACUGCGAGGUGAAGAAUUAAAUGAAAGUAGAUCAAUUCUUUUUCAGGCUUUCUUUUCGCACUAAACUGCAAAAGUUGCGUCUAUGACUGUGAUGAUCUACUUUCCUAUAAGACGUAUCUCAAAUUGACUCUCUUCAUUUUUCUCGCGGCUUUACAGCCUAAACAAAAGCAACAGCUACACAGGCUAACCCCUAAAUUUAGAUAAAGGAUUUUAUCUCACAAAGGAAAAGUUGCAUCUACCUGAUUCUUGGCGUGGCUAUUUACCUAUUAUAUUUUUUCUUCCAUUUCAAAAAAAAUUGGAGGAAGUACUUGAAACACUGUCAGUAGAGCUAUCUAUCCCUAACUGUUAAAAAAAAACUGCCCGUAUUUGGUAUUAAAUAGCUAGACUAAGAAAUGAUACUCCAUUUCACAGGGAGGGACAAGAGAUGAAGCCAUCAGCUGUACUGGCUCACAUUUUCAGCAUGGUCAAUGGGAUUUGUAAGCAACAUUUUCCUUACAUCAAGUUUCACUGUGGCCCAUUAUGCCCCUCAGAGAGGUGCCCUGGACAUCAAGGAAGUUAUAUACCACACCCUGGGGUGCAGCAAUUAUAUUUUCGACGCCAUGUGAUCAAUGUGUUGCCUGCCCGCCAACAAGCUGUUAUUUCUUCAUUCUACUGUGUUAAUGACAACUUUGAAGAGCAAUUGAGGGAAUGGGUAGAACACUAUGAUGACUGAAUGAAACGAUUUCUUUGGUUUUAAAAAGAUAUUGGGACAGUUUGUUACUGACAGGGCUGUCGUUAAGAGG